GCUUGCACAAUCUGAAGCACAACUCUCUAUGGCCUCUCUCUCGUGGAUCAUAUCCAGGCAUCCAGCCACAGCAAUCACUCUUUUCCUUAUAAAAAAAAAAACGUUAAUUCACAGUUUCACACACACACACACACACUCUCUCUCUCUCAAUCAACAUAUAAUUCCGUACCAAACACUAUCCAAUUACGCAGUCAAUUCCCCAAAUCUUUUCCAUUUAAAUUCAGAUACGUAAUAAUUCUCCAUCAUAUCAUCAUCAUAACUUUAGGGUUUCUUUUCAGAUUCGAUUUUGAGAUUCACUUCUUCUCUCCUCGUAUUUCCCCCCUAUUGGAAUCAAAUUAGGUAUAUAUAUAUAUACUCUCUCGUACUGUGGCUCUUUGAUUCGUCUCCAUCUGAGCCGUAAAUGCUUCAGAAAUGCCAGAGAAAACCCUCCAGCAAGCCCCUCCGAUGUACGACGCCAACGCCAUGAACAUCCAACAACAAGAGCAAAGAAACCAGAUCGAAGGCGAGGAAGACGACGACGUCGCGAGCGGGGAGUCGAUCGACAACCCCAACAACAUCCGGUUCGAGCCUCACCCGCUCGACGACGGCGGCGGCGGCGGAGAAUUGAACGGCGUCGAUGGCGUCCAUCCCCACGCCUUGUACGUUCCUGGCUCCGAGAUUACUCCGGUCGCCGCUUUAGGAGGCGGUGCUGAUCAGCUAACGCUGUCGUUUCAGGGCGAGGUUUAUGUCUUUGACAGUGUUUUGCCAGAAAAGGUGCAGGCAGUUUUGUUACUAUUGGGUGGAUAUGAAGUGCCCACUGGAAUUCCAACCACUGGGGUGAUCCCUCAAAAUCAUAGGGGUUUAGGUGAUUUUCCUGGAAGAUCAAGUCAACCGCAAAGGGCUGCGUCUUUGAAUCGGUUCAGGGAGAAGAGGAAAGAACGAUGUUUUGAUAAGAAAAUCCGCUACAAUGUUCGUAAAGAAGUUGCGCUCAGGAUGCAGCGUAGAAAGGGUCAGUUUACAUCAUCCAAGACGAUAGCAGAACAAAUGGGUGCUUCUUCAGUCUGGACUGAAUCACAGGGUUCCGUCCAAGAGGAGCCAGAAACUUCAUGUACGCAUUGUGGUAUUAGCUCAAAGUCUACACCCAUGAUGCGUCGUGGGCCAGCUGGCCCAAGGACAUUGUGCAAUGCAUGUGGGCUCAAGUGGGCCAAUAAGGGAUUGUUAAGAGACGUUCCAAAGGUUUCAGCUGCAGGAAUUCCGGAUCCUAAUAUAAAGGGUACUGAAAUGAGUGAGGGUGAAGCUAAUGGCUUGGAUGCUGUACCCUAUUCAGCAGACAUCAUCAAUUCUUCUAAUGGUGACUCGGCUGCUACUGGUGACCGGUAUGGAGCCUGAUUAGGGAACUCACCCUUAUUUUGGCGCUUGUAAAAUAUGUCCUGCAUAUGGAGAGUCAUGGGAAAGUAUAGGAAGUGGAAUUUAUAAACCGGAACUUUCUUGGUCUGCUGCUGCUGCUGCUUCUCUGAUCAGAUUGUCAGCUUGAUAUUUGACCUUUAAGAAUAUUAGGAACUGGAUGUUGGAAUAAUCAAGGCCCCUAGUACAUUAUGGAGACCAAGGUUGAUCACAUGAAAGAGGAAUCUCAUGUCUGGAGGUUCCAGCCCUCAUGUGAAGAGAUGUAAUUUUACGAACAAUAAGGUGACUUUUCUUUCUAACUUCUUGGUUUUUUUUUGUUUUUUUUUUUGUUUCAAAUGGUGUUACUGUUUUUCGCUGAAGCAGUGAGUUAGGGAACUAUUGUUUCAGGGAUGGCACAGAUGGGUGGGCGUUACCGCCCUGGAAACAUUCUUGUGUGUUGUGGCAUUUGUAAAUUUAAAGAAAUAAGUAUUUGCUCGCUCUUUAUUUUCA